AUGUUUCUAUCAGCAACAACAACACAGUCAUCAUCGCCAUCUGUUAUUAAUGGCAUCCUUCCUCAUUCGUGUUCAUCUCUGAUCCCACACACGAACAGUGCUGACGUUGAUGAAGAUAACGCUUCCAACCCAAUUGCAGAUCGAUUGAAAAAUUAUCAAUCCAUUGAUUCUUUUGAAAGUGUUCUUCAACUACAAGAUGACGAAUUAAUUCAAUCAUUACAAAACUAUUUACGUCAACGAAAGAAUGAAGAGAUUUUUAAAUGUUUGAAGAGAAUUGAUGAAAUGAAACGUGAAAUGACCAUGACAUGUUCUUCUCCUUCACCAGAACAAUUGCAAUCAAACCGUCAGCCUAAAACUAUGACGUCGUCCAACAUGUAUUCCUCGUUCUCCAACAAUUCUGUUGCUAAAUUGAAGAUUUCACUUCAACUCCAUGGAAAAACAAUGUCCCUACUGCUUCCACUUCUCUUUCUUGAAUUUUACAAUGAAUUCAUUUGUUUAGAUAGUGUUUCAUGUGUCAACAUUACGAGUCGAUUACGAAAAGAUGCAAAAGAAAUUAUCCAACAAAUCGAACUCGAAUAUCCACAUUUGUUAAACAAGAGAACGCCUUCAUCUCCCUCUUUAGAAAUAACAUCUUCCUCUGCAUUCAAAGUAGAUCCUCCAAAAUUGAAUGUACAAGUCACAACUUCCUCAAAACAGAGAAAAAGUUUACCAUCAAAAUCCUUUUCUGAUAUCACCACGUUACGAGAUAAGAAUAGUGAAUCAGAGCAGAAUAGAAACUGUUCCAUUGAUCUCAGUACCAUGAUUAUUGGCUGCAUUGACUCUGUCGAGUUGGCCCUUAAAAUGCAGUUCAACAAUGAGAUUCUUAUCAAUUUCAAAAAGGAUCAAGAAUUUACGACAUUUCUCUUGAGCAGAGUGAUUGCCUGGAGCAAUGAAUCAGGAGUGGCAUCCUCUCUUUUCAAUGCCUCAAGCACAAUUGAUGAAAUAUUACAGGCCUAUGAUAUGAUGGAAUAUUCGAAGAGUUUCGCGAAAAGAAAGUUAAGCAGUGUGGAUCAAAUUAAAAAUUUCACCACGCAAGAUUUCAAAGACAAAAUUGGAAUUAAAAAGGUGGGACAUUUAAAGAGAAUUGUCAGAGUUAUACAAGAAAUAUAUGGAGCACAUCCGUGUGGAAGCAAGACUUCAUCACUGUGA